GGGUUCUUUUCAACGUAGUAAGCGGUCAGAUAACAAGCGAUGCACUGUGGAAGUAAGCAAAGCUGAUUGAACCGGGCGUAUGCAAUUGAAAAAGAUGCCAAAGUCUACCCUUGUUAUCUACAUCUUUCUUGUCGUCAUGUUCAUCAUCUUAUAUCAUCUUCACACAAUGACGAAGUUUUCGCUUAACAUAACGACACCUCAGCAAGUCACGGAACUAGAAAAAUUAUUCAAACUGCGGGAUGAAUUUAGUAUUAUAACUCCUGACAAAACACUUGUAUCAAGAAGUAUUCAAGCUGGUAAUUCUGAUCGCUUCAGACAUGUUCUGAUGAAAGCGUUACGGGGAGAAAACAUCAGCAUGUUGGUGAUCGGAGGCUCUCAUAGCGCGGGAGGAAAACUAGGACUUGACGAGAACAGCCUGGAUGGAUUGUAUUUCAAAGUAUUUCAGAAAUGGUGGAACGAAACCUUUGGUAGUUUUGCAAAAUCCUUUUUGAAUGUAACUGCGCUGACAAUUGGAGGCACGGGGAGCUCUUUCUACGCAUUUUGCUAUAGAACUUUUAUUCCCGAAGGCACGAGCUUCGAUAUAAUGUUGAUAGAAAUGUCAGCUAAUGAUAAAGGACGAGCGACGGCGAAACCACUGGAACAACUGACGAGACAAGCUCUUUCAUAUCCUUCGGCACCUGUGGUCUUCUACAUAAACGUAGUACAUGAUUUCGGAGUUAAUCCGUAUACUAAAAAGAUGGAAAAUCCAUCCUGUGUUACCCUCGAAGACUUUGGCCAAACAGAACUUGCCCGUCAUUACGACAUUACAUCAUUCAAUUUGAGAGAAAUAAUUUGUAGGAAAGUGAAAGGUCGGUGGAAAGUAAUGCACUCAAGCAUGGCAGGCUCAGAUGGUAAGCAUAUUGGAGUCAAGGCGCAUGCUCAGAUUGCUUACAUAAUGACUGAAUAUGUGAAAAACAUUUACCAAGAGAUUGCUAGCAACGUUACGGGUAUAAAUCCGCUUUCUAUCAAUCGUGUCAGAGGCAAUCACAAAAGUUUACAGUAUAUUGUUCGUAUUUUCUGCGCCCAAGUUUACGGUGCAUGGUUCAUCGCAGAGAAAACAGUCUAUUGA